CCAAUGGAGCAAAAUCUCUAUUAUGCAAAUUUAAUAAUAAAUAUACCGUCAUCCGUCAUUACCUGACUGGAGCAUCUCUCCUUCGCGACAAAAUCGUGAUUUGUCUUUGUCAGGACGACUCUGCGUCCGCCGGACGGUCCGUUAUACAAGCGUUGGAAGCUUCCUAGCCCCUGGGCCCCGAGUAUUUUUUGCACCUCUCCAGGCUCUCCAUCAGAUAAGAACCUAUCAACCCAAAUAAAACACACCCUUUGUGAUUCGUCCUACCGCAGGUUCUUCCGGGAAAAACUCGCUCUCGGCCGCGCCGCUCUGCCAAGAGAUUGUGCUAAAUAAGGACGUGGAUGACCACUACGAACUGCGCACGCUGUCUAGCUCGCCCACCUGCUGGAGCCACUCCGUCUUCCGCAGGUGUCCGUAGCAAUCCCCUGGUGGGUGUUGCGGCGGCUUCCGACAAGUCCUUUGACCAUGCCGGGAGUAUCUUCUUCAAGGGGCGCUCCUGCCCUGCGCAGAAAUGCAAACUCUCCAGAGGUCCUUGGCCAAACCAGGAAAAAUAUUCCUCCACUUGACUGCACUCUCAUCCCAUCCUGGCCACCUCCAGCGGUCAGCGGCAAAGUUGGAGCCCCUCCGUCAGUAAAGUCGGCAACAGUGAUUGGGAACAACUCGGCUAUCGCAGAAGUUUUCAGAAGACUGGUGAACCAGUUUGAGGCUAUGUUUGCAAAAAGAGCCUACCUUCACUGGUAUACUGGGGAAGGAAUGGACUUGGAAGAGUUUCACGAAGCUUCGAAAAAUGUGCGUGACUUGAUCUCUGAAUACCUACAGAGAGGUGAAAUGGGCAUGGAGGCUGACCAGGCCAUCGAUGAAGACGACGAAUGAUCAGUCCAGUGUGUUUAAUAUAAAGUCACUCUAUCUCAAAUGUAAUUUGUGUCUAAUAAAUAAAUUUUUCAAGUGCGUCAAUUUUCUCAUUAAUCAAAAUAAAAUGCAAAAUUUGAAUUAUCUUGUAGUUUCG